AUGGCCGCGGGCGUCGUACCCGCGUCCGUCACGGCGUACGCGUCAAGCCGGUUGCGAUUUCUCGGCGCCCGGCUCGAGCGAGCGCGGCGGCGUGAGCGCGUUCGCGCAUGCGCGCGGUUCCAACCCCGAACCGGCGAACGGAGCUCGCGCGUUCCUCGCGUGUUCGCGGACGCCGGGUCCGGAUCGGACGUUCCGGCCUCGGGCUCGUCCAAGCUGCCCUCGCAGAAGAUCCCGCCGUUGUACGUCAAGCGCACGGUCCGGUCGUCGACCGUGCGCCACCCGGGGACCAUCGUGGUCAUGGGCGACGUCGACGCCGAAUCGUCCGUCAUCGCGGGCGGGGACGUGUUCGUCUGGGGAUCGCUGAGGGGGAGCGUCAUCGCGGGGCAGGGCGGGGACUACAAGGCCAAGGUGUCCGCACUGGACAUGCGCCCGUCAUCCCUGCAGAUAGGCAGCGUCAAGGGCAACGUAAAGAGGGGCGCGGACGGUGACCCGGUGCUCAAAGCAUCCGGCGUCCCGGAGACGGCCACCGUGGAACCGACGUCGCGACAGAGGCUCUUAGUUCAGCCCGCCAGCGCCGCCGCCGCCGAGCUCUCGCGCCGAGCGGACGUGGGUCUCGCCAAGUCCCAGCGCGUCACCUCCGCCGCGGUCAGGAGAGCCGCGUACUUCACCGGGAUCUACAUCGCCGCCGCGGGCGUCGCGCUGAUGGUCGCUCCCGAUCCGGUCUUCUCCCUCCUGGUGUUCGGCGUGCUCUGCGUCGCGUUCGGGGUGUACUACUUCGGCACCGCGUACGGCGACGGCAAGGGUCUGGGCGCGAGGGCGUUCUACCUGUCCACGGUGGUUGGCCGAGUAUUCAUCUUCGCGUCGUUUCUGUUCAUGGUCGCGUGCGGGUUGUUCAAAGAGCCCGGCUUGCUGAUCCUCGGGGUGAUCAACCUGCUCGGCGCUCUGGCGAUGAUGUUCGCGCUGAGCAAGAAGAAAACCGCGUGA